AAAAGUGAAGACCUUCAUUGACUUCACCUCCAUGUUCUCGGGAAGUACCCCAUGCCAGAGAGCAGGAUCCACAACUACAUGUAUCAGCUCUGCAAGUCUCUGGACCACAUACACAAUCAUGGUCUCUUCCACCGGGACAUCAAACCAGAGAACAUUCUGAUUAAGCCCAGAGAGGAGUCACAUCGCCAGGCCUUGGACAGCUGUACCCCCCGGAUAGGACCAGUGGAGACCCAAAACACUGACUGCCUCACUACUCCCAGCCCCAUAAUACUGGUGUGA